AGGAUGGAGGAAACAGAACUCUUAAAGGAGCGACUUCAAGCUAUUACGAAUAAGAAAAAAAUCCAAGAGGAAAUUGCCCACAAACGGCUUGAAAUUGACAGAGAGAAACUGAAGCUUCAGCAUGUUAAGAAAAGGUCCAUGAGAGAUCUGUGGCUCAUGGAUGGGAUGAACAGCAAUAAUCCACAGGAAACACAAAAAGCUCUUGAAGAUGCCCAACAAACGAAACACCUCAAGAGUAAUAUAUAUCGGAUAGAGAAAGAGAUUGAAGCGUUGGAGAGAGAGGAAAUGAACAUCUCAACAAAUGAGGGGCUGAUUCUAAAGAGGCUAAAAGCCAUUGAAAAAUCUCCAGAGGACAUCAUUAAGGCAGUGAAUGCAGAUUUCAUAUCAGACCCGAUAUAUAUACAUUCAACAAUUCCAAAUAUGCUAAAGCCCAGCACAACUGUAUUAAAUCAGAGGAAGAAACAAGACCUGGAAACUGAAGCAAAAAAGGAUCAAGCCAAACCUGCUUUGUUUGCCAUGGAAAUUAAUGUUCAGAAGGACUUGCGCACAGGUGAAAGCCAAGUGCUGUCCACCUCCGCCAUUUCUCCCCAAGAACUCCAGCAGAGAGGCAUCAAAGUCUACGACGAUGGCCGGAAGUCAGUCUAUGCCUUACGCACGGACGGUGACCAGCCUGGUGCGAACGGAGUGGAUGAACUCAGUCCCGUGGAGGUUGAGGAGCUGCUGAGACAGGCCUCUGAGAAAAAGAAGAGGUCCAAUCAGGUUCAAAUGGACCCUUCUUAUCCCUACAACAUCUCCCAUGAACCACAAUUAGACCCCAACAACAUAGAGAGCCACAAACCCAACGGACACCAAGAUCCCUACAGCAUCGACUUAUCUGCAUGGCCUGAGCUUGUGUACAAUGAUGGUAUUCGCGAUCCGGAGGACGUGGGUCAUAGACUUCCACUCCUUCCAAUGCCUGAUUAUAAUGACAGACCAGACGAAUACUAUCAAAACGACAAUGGGAACAACUACAGCCGUGAGUUAUAUAGAGGGGAAAGACACGCGCAUGGACAAUAUCACAACCGAAGAAAGAGCAACCGGGGAACACAGCAUUUGGAUUGUGAUAUCAGAAACCACAGCCUGUGCUCGGCCUACUCUGAGGACUCCAAAGUGAGCACAUUGAAUGCCAUGCCAUCGGAUGAGCCCGUCACCAUGAUCUUCAUGGGCUACCAGAAUGCCGAAGAUGACAGCCAGAGCUAUGAGGGCUCAGUUCGGGCAGAGCUGGUGAUCGUUGGAGACGGUGAAGAUGACGCAAGCAAGAGCUUCCACCCUCAUCAGAGGUCCAACGUCAACAACGCCUUUUCCUACUCUGCCGGAUGGAGAGGCAAAAGAGAGGGCAUAGAGGACCCGUCAACUACAGGUACCCGUAAGAUUAAAAAAGUCAAAGAGAGACACAAGCACUGCUGUGUGCUGAUGUAGUUGCACUAACACUCUAUCAGCUCUUCUAUGAUGCAGCUUCUCACCAGACUGGCUUUCCUCACUCUGCAUGCUGGACACUGCUGUGGUUUUCAGUUUUUCAGUGUCUUAAACUGUCAUUCAUGUUGUCAUUUGGUUAUGUUGUCUGACAGGGUUUGUA